AUGGAGAAAAUAUUGCAAUGGUCCAUAGCGUCGCAAAGCGGCGAUAAGGAGGCGAUGGAAAAGAUCGGAGCUCCUACCUCGGAGGAGCUUUCCAAGCUUUUUGGUGCUGGUGGCCCUGACGAGCCUACUCUCAUGAAGCACUCCAUCGCAGUGGUGGAAAACCCUGAGGCUACUCUCGAAGCCAAGGAAACCGCCUUGGACAAUUUUGAAAUGCUUGUGGAGAAUCUUGAUAAUGCCAACAAUAUCGAGAACCUCAAGCUUUGGCCCAGUAUCAUUGCACAGCUCAACGGAUCAGAGUCUCUCAGUGUUCUCGCUGCCUCUAUCAUUGGAGUCGCUACUCAGAACAAUCCUGAUUCACAAAAGGCAUUUCUUGAAAAAGAGGAUGGUUUGGCCUCGCUCAUCAAGCUCGUUAACGACGAAGGAACUCCAAGAGAGCUUCUUCUCAAAUCGCUCUUUGCCAUGUCUUGCUUGGUAAGAAACUACGCCGAUGCCACCAAUCUGUUUGCCGAAUUGAACGGUUGGGAAGCCCUCCAUUUGCAAUCUUCCCAUAGUGAUCAUAAGCUUUUGUUGCGCAAAUUAUCGUUGAUUUCUGCGCUCUUGUCCACUGGCUUGGACGACACCAAGCUUGAGCAUUUCAGAAAGAUCAGCUUUGUUGAUAACCUCAUUUCCGCUUUCGACACUGAAAACGUCGGCUGUAUCGACAAAGUCCUCAGCAUCAUCACUCAGCUCCACACUCUCAAGUACCAGUUCACUAGCGAGGAUGUCUCCAGACUAGCUCACAAAUUGGAUAGCAUUGACCAUUUGAAGGACAGACUCACAGAGGACGACUUCAACACCGCAAGGCAAGUAGCUUCUUCAUAA